AUGAGCUCCAGCCCGGUAGCACCUAGUGACGAGACGCCACCCGCUCGGAAUCCUCGCCGGGCUCGAUUUGAUGUUGCGCCGUUCACCGAGGUCGACAACGGAGGAUCGUCGACCAGGAGCAACAGUCCUGAGCCUCUUGCCACGCCAACGCUCAGCGAGAGCUAUCACGGGCUCAAAAAAAAUCUGUCGUUCAAAUCUUUGCGCGAACUCGAGCUCAGAGAAGUCAGGUCAGCAAUGUGGAGGAAAGGUGGAAGAGGCGAUCCUGGGGAACAAAUCUAUCGUCCCAAAAAUACCGAGGAGGCAUUCGCUCAUGCGUUCAGAGGAGGUCUGCGUAAGUGCAUUAUCACUACACACAUCUGAGGGGUCUACAGAGACAUCUGAAAUCAUGGUAGUCGCUGACCCACUUACUCUGUACAACUCGAUCCCCACUUUCGACCGUCCAGGCUCACUGCUGCUGGCCGGGGGUUUGCGAGCGCUCGUCAAUCUCUUCGUCGUAGCGUUGCGAAUCACACGCAAGCGGUGCGUACUGCCUUUUGUGGUUCACAGCUCCCGACGACCCUCCAUAGAUCGAGGCUAAAUCGCAGUUUCAUUGUCAUUCCCAGCGGUCUGCCCAUGGCCCUCGUUUUUCGGGCGCUGUUCGGGCUCGACACCCUUCGCUUUGCGGCAAUGCUAGGCGGCUUCACGUUUCUGUAUAAACAGACUUACCAUAGCCUUCGCAUCUUCAACCCGGGAAAACGGGGCCCAGGUCAAGAAGAAUGGUGGCAUGCUGUCGUUGCAGGGUCGAUCUCGGGUGCCGCAGUAUGGGCGGAAAAGCCUUCGAGGCGUGUGACGAUCGGACAACAGAUGAUGGUCCGCGGGUUGCAGGGGCACUACAACGUUGCGAAACGUCGAGGCUGGAUCAAUCUACCCCACGGUGACGUAUUAUUGUUCGGACUUGCUUGCGGCCAGAUCGUGAGCACCUACUACUCCUUUUGCCUAACCCAUCGCCAAGGAAACUGAUUUCUGUCUCGGAAUGCGGUAAGAUGGAGUCGUGGCUCAUGUCCCCAGAAGCUCUUCCUUCCGGAUAUCGUCGGUGGAUCACACAAGCGAGUCGAGUCGCGGAGCCCUGCCUCCCCCUCAACCUCGCUGCGUCUCGCACCGGACGCUUCGAUCCCGAGCAAGCGCGCAAGACGAUUACAUGGAAGUCCGGGGCUACCCCUCGCAAUGCUCUGCUCAUUGAAGAAUAUGCCCGCGCCGCAGAGAAGGUGGGUUCAUUGCUUCUUACUUUCGGAAAGCUAUGCCGUCGACUGAUUGAACGCCGUCGACACCUCCCUAACAACCGUUGCUUUGACGUUUAGGGCGAUUUCGGACCACCGUUUGCGCCUUGCGCAACCAUUCACCCCUGGGUUGAUUCGUGCAGCUGGGUUGCAGUCGAUCGAUGGCAAGCAGUGUUCAGGUUCGUAACGGGGCACGACGUCAAUAGCAUGGAUCCCAAUUUGCAUCGACUGAUCUGACUUGCUCUCGUCACUCCACUUAGAUGGAUGCUUCCCGUCUAUGGUGCUCUCCACGUGAUACCGCCGGUACUUUUGAGGAGCAAGGUCUUCGUGAAGGAGUGCGUAUCACUGUGCCUUUCGGUCAUUGGAGUCAUGCCGGGUCGUGCUGUCCAAGAGUGCGGAUGACCGACUUUGUUCCCUCUCUCCUCUUCUUAUAGCCCUCAACGUGUGCUUCGCAAGUCUGUUUUCGGAACGAUCCGCAGUUGUUCUUUCCUUGCCACCUUCGUUGUCAUCUUCCAGAGCCUGGUCUGCACCCAACGAAAUAUCUAUUACAUGAUCCAUGGCAAGGUACCCGCAUGGGUCGAGCGGGUCUUGCUUCACAAAGGAUACUACUGGGUGUCAGGUACGAGCUCGUCCCAGAGAACCUCGGCUUUCAGGUGGUCGGUCUAACAAUGUGUCAUCUCUCAUAGGAUUUCUCACCUGCCUGUCCUUGUUCAUCGAGGAGAAGAAGCGCCGCGGCGAGCUUGCCAUGUACGUCUCGAUGGGAGGUCCAAUGAAGGAAAGAGAAUCCGACAAAGGAAACAGACACUCAACACCAAUCCCUUUUCAUUACACAGGUAUGUACUCCCUCGAGGUAUGGAGUCGCUCUGGUCUGUUUUGCGUCGUCGGUCUUACGUACCAUUCGUUCCGGGCGGAGAGAUUUUGAUGACAUCGUGAGUAGGCGCAGUGAACUAAGGCCCUGGAGCGACAACAGGCCGCUGAUGCUUUGAAGUGGACGGUGCAGGUUGGGUCUGGGUAUGGUGAUGUCUACAUAUGCCCAUGAGCCCAAGAUGCUCUCAGGGCUUGUCAGAUCGGUAUUGUAUCAAUUCAUUGGCCACGGCUAA